AUGGAGGAUGAUUAUGAAAGUGUACUGUUGGUUAUUCGUGAAUGCUACGUUUACAAGUUACCUCCAAGAACAUCAAGUAGAGAAUACAGAGCGGCAGAAUGGGGGGAUAUGGAAGCGUUCAUGUGGAAAGGUAGACUUAGGAUCAUAGCCGUAGGCGAAAAGUGCUUCAUCAAGUUAGAGGAUGGAAUAACUGGUCGGCAUGCUCUCAUAGGAAUGGGCUUUCAAGAGCGCUCCGAAGCAUUUGAUUUUCAAGUAGCUCUACAGGAUCACGUCAAACACGUUAAAGCAGAAAGAGAAGCAAUUGAGCAUGCCAAAGUUGCUGCACUAGAACCAAAGAAGGAUUACAGUUUGAAAGAAGGUGAAACUAUUUGUAUUAAUAUCGGACAUCAAAGAAAAUCGAGACCACACACGAUUAGUAAUCUUGGAGGCUCUGAGACAGCUGGAGUAGUUCCACUUUUACCACCGCCACCAUCGGCUGCAUCGAUCAAGCAUAAAAAUAAUUUAUCAAUAUCCUCUGGCAGCAGAACAACCAGAAGGCCACCUUCAAACGAAUUUGGUGAAUUUAAAGCGUUUGAGAAUGAUUCAACUGAUUUUUUCAACAACGCCGGAUAA